CCGACUCUUCCCACCAUCGAAAUAGCCUUGUCACCACCAAAAAGGCUCUGUGAGGCGGUCGCGAAUUUUAGUGCGCCAUCAUGCCGGCCUAAUGCCGCGUCUCGCCCCUUCCAUCCUCCUCUUCGCCGCCUCCCAGAAUGUCCAUCUUCCAGCCCUCCUCCGCGUCUGCCGUGACCUGCCCUCUGCCCGUAACGAGUUACGUUGGCUCACUGAACAUGCUCGUCAGCUUGUUCGAGAAAAUAGUCAUGUCCAAACCAACCUAUCUAUUCGAAAGGUCCCUUCCGAUGCACCCCCUCGUUCACUCCAGCUGAAGGACGUCCAAUGCGCCCGGCGACCCCAUCGCCUCCUCCAGCGUCGCACGCCGAGAAAGGCACCCGCUUUACCGCUUGCCAGGAUAAAGAAGGUCUAUAACAACAGCCCUAAUAUUACUGAUCGUCCUGUCAAAACGAACCUGUCGAUUAAAAAGGUCCCUUCCGAUGUGCCUCUUCGGCUGACGUACGUCUACCCAGAAAAUGGUCCUGUCGAAGCCAACCUGUCGAUUCAAAAGGUCCCUUCCGAUGCACCUCCUCAGCUGAAGUACAUCCAAGCCGACUGGCGUACCCGUCGUCUCCUACGGCGUCGCACGCCGAGAAAGGUAGCCGCUUCGCCGCUUAUGAGGAUAAAAAAGAAUGUCAAGGUGAAAAUGAUCCAUGCCAACACACCUACUAGUCAUGACAGUCCUGUCGAAACCAACCUGUCGAUUAAAAAGAUACCUUCCGAAGCACCUACUCGUUCACACCGGCUGAGGGCCCGCGGUGAUGACCAGAACGUUCAAGCCGCACGGCGUCGAUAUCGCAUCAUCCGGAACAUCACCUCCAGGAAAGUUCCGGCUCCGCCGGCUAUCAAGAUAAAGAAGAUUCAUGACAGCACACCUCCUAUUCAUUACGAUCGGGCACUCGUCAUCCGCAAACAUAAAGUUCAUGCUGAUCCACCUCAACCCGUACUACGUCCACGGAUUCCUUCCCCGCCACCCAAGGCUCAAGAAGGUGGUCCGUCCAUUCAUUAUCAUGAAUCCCUCUCUGUUCGUAAACACGAAGGCACUUUCGAGGAGACCCUGCCAGAAGACAGCCUGGAGGUUCGCAAUAGUUUUUUACCAGACGUUACUGCUCCUCGUUAUCAUACCGAACCGUCCUGGCUCUUGGAACUCCAAGAAUCACCCUCUACUGAGGCAACUCCUCUUGUCGAGGAGCCAACAUCCCUGGGUGACAGCCAAAAGCCGCAGCAGGAGGCUAAAAAGUUCUUCUUCACCGUCCGGCGCGAAUCAGAGCCCUCCGAAACUGAUGAAUCAUCUCACUCGGCAUCCUUUACCCUUCGAACCUUCGUAUCCGGUGCCGUGGAGAGAGGGGAGGAAUGGUUUGAAUCGCGAAGGCGACGCGUGUAUGAGAGGGGGCUUGCCACCCUGCCCGAAACUGAUAGAUACUCGGGCGCCAGGCGUGUGGCGGUCCCUGACGAAUCUUCCUUGCCGUACUCAACACAUCCACAAAAAGAGAAUGAAGAUCUAAACACAGAGACCGAAGAUCUGCGAGCGGAGAAUGAAGAUCUAAACACAGAGACUGAAGAUCUACGAGCAGAGACUGAAGAUCUAAACACAGAGACUGAAGAUCUACGAGCAGAGGCCCAAAAUCUACAACCAGAGAUCGGGGAGCAGACUGCUGACUCUUUGGCUACACUUGUUGGUCCUCCGGGGACUUACUUGUCCCAGUGGUCCGAGGCUCGGACCCACGAAGCUAUUGUGGACGAAUCUGGCAACAUUGACCUCGAAAUUUACCGGGAGAAGCUGCUGGAAUGGCAGUACAAUUUCGUGAAAAAGACCAAAGAGAUGAUCCCAAGACGCGCUCGGCUAAAGCGCCUCACUCACCAGAAUCGCAGGUCGCCACCCAUGGCACCUAACAAACGCAUGAAUCUUAAACAGCAAGAAGAGCUCGAGCAGAUGUUGGAGCGCCAUUUCCUCGAAGAGAAAUACUUGGAACUUGAAAAGGCACAACUCGCACGACUGGUCGCUGAAAGAGCUCGAGGCAAACCCCUACAGUAUGUUAUCGGCAACCAACCAUUUGGCAAUCUCGAAAUUAUCUGCCGCCCUGGUGUCCUUAUCCCCCGGCCCGAGACCGAGACAUACACCGAAGAGAUUGGCCGGUUGCUACAUUGGCUGGCUCGCAAACAUGUGGAUGGAAAGUUUUUGCUCAGACAGAGGCAGCUUCGGAUAUUAGAUCUAUGCACAGGGUCGGGCUGCAUCGCGCUAUAUCUAUACUCCAUUCUCAAGCCGGCCCCAGGCAUGCAACCACCAUAUCCACGCUUUUCGGGCGCCGAUCUUAGCAUUCGAAUUCUGGGAAUCGACAUCUCCGAGCAUGCUAUCAAGCUUGCACGCGAAAACUUGAAACAUAACAUCUCCAAGGGCUUCCUUCACCCCGAUGCAGAGAAAGAGAUUGUUUUUAUCCAGCAAGAUAUAAUGAAGCUCGCAUCAGGCGCAAAGAAGAUUGAAGUCAAUGAGGAAAAGAAGAUCGCAAUCAAACCGAAGAUAAAAGUUGAGGAGGAUUCCGAGUGGGAUGUGGUGGUUUCCAACCCGCCCUAUAUCUCUGCACGCGGCUACUCCACGGACACAGAAUCAAGUGUGCGCAAGUACGAGCCUAUUCAAGCACUGGUGCCUUCUAUAGAACCAGAGGGUACGCCACCAGAUCCUCUCCGAACCAAGAGCUCCGGCGACCAGCUUUACAUGCCCAUUAUUCGCAUCGCAAGGGACUCCAAGGCCAAAUUGAUCGCCAUGGAAGUCGGCGAUACAGAGCAAGCGAGCAGAAUUCUCGCGCGACUCAGACAGAAGCUUACACCUGUUAGAAGGCUCAACCAGAGAGAACUCAAAACACCCAUCCCAACCAUCGAAGCCUGGCGUGAUGAUGGAUCGAUUCGCAGGGUCUUCGAGCCUGUACCAAGGGAAUUACCAAUCCGCAGAGUCGUCGAACCAGUACCGAAUCUAAGCCCAGGCUCGAUGUCAAGACAACCCACCACCGACAGUAUUGAUCCGAACUUAUCCAUCUCUUCCGACACUGCUCCCGGCGACGAGCUUCAUACAGCGAUGUCCGACCGCAUUGUCGUCGCAUGGAUCGAUGAAUGGGCCGAAUGGCGUCGUCACCACGGACCCACGGAUGGAAACCUUGAUGUUGAAUACGUGGACCCCGAACCCGAACCCGCACCAAUUUCCCUUGGCCCCGGCAAGAAACGGCUUCAACGUGACCGCAUGGCCGAAAGGAGAGCUCAAUUGAAAAUGAAAGCUCGCCAAACGGCAGAAGCCUCAGCUAGGGCAGACGGAGUGGAAGUCACCGAGGAGGAAAUUCAAGCCCGCUUGGCGGUAAUGGAAGCCGAAGCAGCGAAAAGGAAGAGACUCAUUGAACUCAGAACUAGACGCAAGAAGAGGGCGGAAGCAAUUAAAAUGCAAGCCAGAGCCAGAGCGAUGAGGGGGAAAUCCAAUCGCACAGAAUUGGGCUCCCUCAAACGCUUCCAAGCAUUCCUCGAGACUCACAAAAAAGAAGACAAGGAGCGUGCAUUGCUCGCCAAAGCCGUCAGACCUAGAGACAAAUCUUCCAAAAAGAUUGUCAAUGCCGUUCUGGCCGAAACUCGCAAUUCUCCUCGGCGGGCCGCGGGGAAACGCCAAACUGCGUCUUCGAGUGCGCCGUCCGCGUCCAAAAAGCCUCCUCCUCCUCCUCAACAACAACAAAAGGAUCAGCAGACACGGAGUCAGGGUCGGGGUCGGAAUCCGGAAGACGUCAUAUCGAAAUGGGUUUCAUGAGCAUCAAAAUCACGCCACGUUUUUUAACUCUUACACGCGGCGAAGCAAUUUUAGAAAGGGGUGAAGAGUGAUCUCUCGCGAGAUCUGUAACAAUAGAAUUAAUGUAGGUACCUAGGUAUUGGAUGACCAGC